AUGCCUCCGCGCUCAUCGAGCUUCACGGACACUCCCCUUCUUCGGGUCUCACGCCCCGUCUCAGCGUGUUCAAGAUGCCGUGCUGCGAAAUGUGAUGGCAAGCUCCCAGCAUGUACCGCCUGCGAAAAAGCAGGUCGAGAGAAUGAGUGCUCAUCAGCAAAUGACCAAUUCGCUCGCGGCAAAGAGCGAAGUUAUGUGGCUGCCUUGGAGCUCAGAAUAGAGAAGCUUGAGAAGAGGUUAGCAUACGCUCGGUCAAGAAAGGCUUCUGUAGCUCUUCACGACCCCGAUGCCCCUCCAGCCAUUGAACCCAGUCGCAAGGACUCUCUUGCCUUCAUUCGUGCUGCCAUUCUUCGGAAGGCCGCGCGCAACAGGGAGAACUCCGACGUAAAUUCUCUUGUCUCGGAUUUUGGCUACCUAUCUGUCAGCGCCACCACGCGUGACUUCGAACCUUCUGAAGUGAACCUGACUUUUGCACGCGUCGUGCUGGCUGCUUCGACCAAUGAUCCGGUCCCAGAGCCCAGAACUAGUACUCUCCCUCCUGAGCAGACGGCUCGAGACUUGGUUAAGUUCUAUCAAUCAAGCUUCCUGGCGCUCUAUCCUGCCUUCUCUUCCUCCUCUCUUACUAUCAUUGUCGACAGCCUCUACCAGGAAAGCCCGCGGCCCUUGACAAGUCCACAGUACUGGUUGUUCUGGAUGGUGCUAGCUGUUGCUUCCGCAGCACGGAGUCGGAGCAAAUCUGAUCAGAACUACCAGGAUGCUCUCGAAUAUGUGGCUCGCGCUCUUCCACAUGCCGACCGAGCACUCAUGCCGGGCUAUCUAACUCAGAUUCAGUCACUGUUCCUUCUCACCCAAUAUGCGAUGCUUGAUCCGGCUCAUUUCGAUAGCUGGAAUCUUAUCGGAUUUACUGCCCGCGCCGUGGUUGACCUGGGUCUCCACCAGGAUCCCCCCAAUAUGAGCUCUAUGGACCAGGAGGACUUGGAUGCUCGUCGCCGGGUGUUCUACUGUGUAUAUGCGUUGGACAGGGCGAUAAGUAUGGUCCAUGCACGUGCCUUUUCCUUCUACGACGAUGCCAUAUCCGUUGAACUGCCUUCACCGAAUACUGAUAAAGAUUCUGAUCGCCCCCCACCUGACCCUUCUGUACCACUUUUCAAGCUUCGUCAGCUGCAGUCAGGAUGGUAUCAAACACUUGUUCAAGGUGAUCCAGACGACCCUCUGUCCGAUGGUACUGCCUUCAUAUGGCAAAAGUGUUUGGAGAUGCGAGAAUGGGCAGAGUCUCUCCCGACUGACUUACCAGCCGCUGUUCGAGAGAGGUUUGAGCUUGAACUGCACUACAGUUAUGUCUACUGUAUCGCUCCUAGCGCCAGAGUCCCUCAAUUGACAGCACAUGGAAGAAAGUUAAUAUUCGAGCAUGCCAUUAUGUAUAUCGACAAGGUGUACGAAAUGGCCAAAGCCUCGAGGGACUCGGCAUUUUCGACCUAUCACGACGCUCUUCGAGCGUUUUUCAUGGGCUCGCAAUUCGUCGCCGUUCUGCGCGAUGCUGCCGACACUGUUUUAUCCAAUACGCGAACACCAGCAUCUUUCUAUGUGCAGGGCCAAGGACAGAUUCCUCCUCCGCCGCUGCCUUCUCGGAACGACCGGAACAGUGUGGAUAAUCUGCAGCGCAGCCUUCAGUGUCUGGAAAGAGUGAAGCUGACGCUACAGGUGUAUGGUGAGAGAUGGGAAAACGCACUGGGACUAAAGGGGACUUUUGAGGUAAUGUCGGCUGAGGUUCUGGAAAACUUGAAGGCGAGAAGGGUCAUGAGGGACAUGGGUGCCACUGGCGUCGACCAUCCUCUAGUUCAGCAGCUGCAGCCGCAACAGCAUAUGACGUUUGUGUCGGGCCCUAACCCGGCCAUGCAGCAGCCUUCGAUGCCUCAACAACACCCUGUACCACCGGCAUAUCAAGGGCAAGAUCCAAGGUGGAUGAAUGUUGAUUUAACAAGAAUAGUUCAUGGGGGACAUCAUUCUGGAUGA